GCGGGGCGGACCGGCGCGCCUGAGAUGCGAGCUGACUCGACUCGUCUCUUGCGCUGACGGUCUCCCCAGUCUUCGCGUCGACGCGGAGCGCGUUGGACGUCGCCGGCGGGGAGGCUGGCGGGCGCGCUCGGGGAGACCGUGGGGCGUCCGAGAGGGACGGGCGGGCGUUCCUAAAAGCCAAACAGCCAAACAAGGGCCAACAGCCGCCCGAGAUAUCCUCGACAUCUGAUCGAUCGCCAGAUGCAGCCAAGUCAAAUGUCGGACAGGCGCAGGUGCGCGUUUAUUUAGCGGAAUGAGACCUUGUUUGGCUCUGUCGUCGCUCGCUUGGGACGCCGUCGUCGCCUCUUGCUUCCUCCCACCACCAUCGCUGCCACCGACAAAGGCACACCACCGACCGCCACUGCCCCGCGUCGAUCCUGUCCGCCCUGGCCGAGCCAUUAUCACCUAUUUCAAAACCCGCUGACGCCAAUCGAGCAACAUCCGCUCUAUUAAUUCGUCCAUUACACCCGCAAUUUCCUCUCGCUUUCCUCCCGCGGACGCACAAGCACGCCGGCCCUGCCCCGUAUCUCGCCCGAUCGUGUAUCGCCCGGGCUCCUCAAAUGCCUGCCUUCCCGGUUCCUCAUCCCGCCCCGCGUGUCGCCCCUCUCCCCAGACCGCAACACCAACACAUGUCUUCGCCCUCCAGCCCGACAUAUCCAACCUUUGGCGGUCGCUCCCCCUACUCUUCGGGCUCCAGCGCCUCCUUCCCCAACGAGGACAGCCCGGGUCCGGACUCCGCAUACGAACCCGUCCAGAAUCACGACGAGCCCGUCGUCGUAGCCUCCCCCUCCGACUACUCCUACCAUCUCGCCAUACCAGGCAUGGCCGUCUACGCCUCUCAGUCCGACCUCCAUUACCCCUCGGACGAGCACGACGCCUUCUCUUAUCCGACCUCGCUCAUGUCGGCGUGGAACACCGACGCCAAGAAGCGCUCCCUCCAACACCUCUAUCCGCAGCAGCAGCAACCGCCUUCGCAUUCCCUCCCCGAACUCGACCGUUCGUACAAGACCCUGAUGGCAUAUAACCAGCAGCAGGCCGCGCAGCAGUCGUAUCAACCGCAGUCCUCUGUCUCUCACCAUCUCCCCAGCACUCAGAGCUACUACGAGCUCGAUGGCGGCGACUCAUGGCAGGCCUAUCCCUCCAGCCUCGGUCAACAGCAUCUCGGUCAGCAGCAACAACAUCUUGGACAGCAUUAUGCGGGUCACGGGUACGCUGCGGUCAAGCAGGAAGAGCCGGCGAUGUCUAUAUCGAGCCAUCAGCAACAGCAACAGCCGCGCGCCGUGCCUCAGUCGAUGCACGCUUACCAGUCGUCGGCAAACAUGCAAGCAUUCUACGACGAACCCCACUCGCAGUCAUAUCGCUCGCAACAUGCAUCCCAUGUCACCAUCCCUUCCUCCUUUGAGCAGCAAUUCGUGCAUCUCUCUGACGUCUCACCCGUCGAGUCGUCUGUCUCGCCUGUCGCUGGCAUGCAGCAGCCACAGCCCCAAUAUCCCUCCGAUAUGACUGUCUGCGACCCUCACUUCGUGAGCGGUCGGCGCCAGCGGGAAGAGCGGUAUGGUACGGAUCGCACGUCGGAGCCACAGGGCGAGCGUGAUGGCGACGGGGAGGACGACGCCGAGGGCGAAGAAGACGAGAGCGACCGCGGAGAUGAGGAUGUUGAUAUGGACGGCGAUGAUGUCGCAGAGCUGGAGGACGAUGAUGAGUACGUUAUUCGUCGCGGUCGCCGCAAUAGCGCGCCUAGCGAGGUUGGCGAGUCGCGCAGCCUCCGCUUGCGCUCGACGCCCAUGCGCACGGCGGCGGCUCGAUAUAAUCCCUACGCCUCCGAGUCUGCACCUCUUCGCCCUCGCCGCGCUUCCUCCAUGACAGCCGCUUCCUCCACCUCCUCGACCGCGACCCUCGACGACAUGUACCUCCCCACGCUCAACGGCCAGCCGGUCACGACCCGCCGUCGACCACGCCCCGCGACCAGUCUCCCCAUCCCCGUACCCGUGCCGAACUUGACGAAGAAGUCGCGCGGGCGUCGCGUACCUACGGCACCGACGCCUGACAGCGCCCGGCUCGCGACAGUCGUGCGCGCGAACGCAGACGGCCAGCUUCAAGGCGGCGGGCGACGAGGCAGCACGAAGGGCCUUCGCUUGUAUACGUGUAAGGUGGCGGGGUGCGGGAAGUGCUUCGCACGCGGUGAGCACCUCAAGCGGCAUGUGAGGAGCAUACAUACGCAUGAGAAGCCCCACAAGUGUCCAUAUCCUGGGUGCGGGAAGGACUUCAGCCGGCACGAUAACCUCGGCCAGCAUAUGCGCGUGCACAAGGACUACGUCCUGCCCAAGGGCGUCAGCCUCAACAGUUUCCGCGCAUAACGGCGCACGCGACCACACCGAAGCGACGUCGCGAUGAUGAUACCCUGUACUUUUCCCUGGAUGAUUGACGUUUAUGUUGUUGUUGUACGCCUCUUCACACUUCCUUCGCUCGUUUCUCUUUCACCCUUCACCCGCUCGUUCUCCAAGCAUGAUCUCAGUUGGGCUGUUGGUGUAUGUAUUCAUCGCGUAGGUGGGUAGGUAUGCGCCUAGGCGUGUACUUGUCUGCCUGGGCGUAUACUUGUCCGCCUAGGUCUCUGCGCGUUACCUUGCCGCCUUCCUUUCCUUUCGCGUCUUGCUUACCCUUUCUUACGCCUUUCUUCUCUUGUUAUUCACGGCCCCUUCUUUGUAACAUUGACAUCGCUAUACCUUUAUGGACGAGUGACGGGCUUUUAUGGCUCGUUUCUCCGCCACUACUCUGGCUCGCUUCCUCCACCACUACUUUGGCUCGCUUCUCCACUACUACUUGGCUCGCUCGGGACACACGCGUACGGACGUUGCUGUUGUUUGUUUGUUCGAUUGUUGUAGUUCGUCAGAAUCGCCACAAUGACUCGAUUGGUUUAUCUUACUGUAUAAAAGCCUAAAUUCCGUACCAUACUACUCACAAUGAAUGGGUUGGGUUCAUCAGGAA